CGAUUUUGAAACUUUGAAAGAAGCCUAUGCGGCAAUAUCAAAAUCUAAAUAUGCAGUAUUGGCUAAAAGAGAGCCACAAUUGAAAGCUAGUAGAAAACGUAAUUUCAGUGGAGAUUUUAAUCAAACUUAUUCUGUUCAGCUAACACCAGUCUGCCAUAAACGUUUACCACAUAAUGAAAGGGAAUUACGAGAUGCUAUUUUAGCAAUACUCAACGUAUUGAAUCUUCUCCACGAAAAGGGGCGAAACGGACAAAAACCUGAAUUCCAUCUUGAUCAUUGGCCAGAAAGUGCAUAUAAUAAGUAUGACUAUAAGUGUGAUUUGUUUUUGGUUGAUAAAUUAUUUGAUCAAUUGUCGUUUACUUUUUCUCCAAAUGCACAAGAACUUUGUGACUAUUUGGAACAACAGAGAUUUAAUAAUUGUAAUGAG